AUGGCAGCAAGAUUCCUCCCUGAUCUCCCCUCGGUAACUCUCUCGGGCCAGUUGCCGUCGAAGAGACAACAAGUACCGACACCAUCGCCAUUGCCGUCGGACACCACAAUCCAGGAGGACCCCUGGCAGUGCGUGACGGAGAACAUCACGCAGUACUUCGACGUCCCGCAGCCCACGGGCAACGUCCUGUCCCGCAUGAACUCCUACGGCGCUGAGGUCGCCAAGCCGUGCAGGGCCACGGCUACGGGCCUCGACCUCUUCUCCUGCACGAUAUCGGACCCGAAAUCGUGGUGUGGCUUCACCACCGCCGCGCCCGCCGACGUCCUGUCCAGCUACGCGAGCUACGUGUCGGCGGUUGUGUCGUUCUGGACGGCCAAGAGCUCGACCGUUUCGGUCCUGUCCACGAGCUGCCCCGUCGCCUGGGCCAAGCCGAAUAUGGCCCAGCACGAGUGGCUCAAGAUCGCCGCGGCCCAUGCCGAUUGCUAUCUCAAUGCGCAUCCCCAGACGGCGACGGAUACCAACACCGGCACCACCCAAACGAAGUCGACCUCUACGAAAGCCCCUAGCGGCGCGCCAACGUCGAGUGGCAAGUCGGCUUCUCGCGGCCGCAGGGCUGCGGAGACGAUUGCCAUGGUCAGCACGGGACUUGCUGUUCUUGCGAAUGCGGCAUGA